AGGAAGUCAAAUUUCCAUCAUGGAGGCAUGGUUCUGAAAGUCACCAGAUGAUAAGAAAUUACUUUACUUAUUUCGUGUUGAAAGUGCAUUGCAGAAAUUGGUUGAGUGGAUAUCGUCGUCACUGAGGGCAAGUACCAUCCUGUCCAGACAUGACACGACCAUUGAAGGGGACUCUCUGGCCCUGCCUAGUGAAGAUCUGCACCUCCAGACCCCUACAACCUAACAGUCACCAUCCCCACCGGCUACUAAUGGCAUCCACUCUAUCCACCACCCCCUCAUGUGCCCACUCCAGUGACAUCAAGGUCCGCUCCUACCUGCAGUAUGUGAAGCGCAAACUUAAGUCGCCCCCCAAGCCCCCUUACAGCCACGUGUGCCAGGUGGGAGACCCUGUGCUGCGUGGACAGGCGGCCACCGUCGCCCCUGAGGAGGUGGGCAGCGCGGACGUCCAGCAGGUGAUUCGCACACUCGUGCAGGUGAUGCGACGGUUAGAGUGUGUGGGACUGAGUGCGCCCCAGAUCGGCGUGCCACUGCGCAUCCUGGCGCUGGAGUACCCCGAGCAGAUGCUGCAGGACAGCUCAGAGGCGUCCCGACAGGCGCGCGGCUUGGAGGCCUUCCCGUUGCGUGUCUUCAUCAAUCCAGAGUUGCGCGUGUUGGACGGUCGCACUGCAGUUUUCCAGGAGGCCUGUGAGAGCCUCUCAGGCUUUUCUGCAUCUGUUCCGCGUUACCUCUCAGUGGAAGUAUCAGGUCUGAAUGAGAAGGGUGAGCCGAUCUCGUGGCAAGCGAGUGGCUGGCCCGCUCGCAUCAUCCAGCAUGAGAUGGACCAUUUAAACGGUGUCCUGUACAUAGAUCGCAUGGACAGUAAGACCUUCAUCAACAUUAACUGGCAGCAGUACAAUGAGUAGCAGUGGGAGUGAUCAUGUUUUUUGGUGCCAAGUGAACUGAGGCACAUUGAGAUAUCCAGAAGGUAAACCAUGCAGAACAACUGAGAAGAACUGGACCUUAAGGAUAACGUCAAUCUUGAAUUAGGAUUUGUGUGUUCACAUGCAGAUGAAGGUUAAUUAGAAAACUAUGGAAAACCUUAGUCAUAGGAGAAAUCUGGCAGGUUUUCACAUAGAUCUCUGGUCAAUGAGUACUCUUGGUGUGAAAAAAAAAGCAAACUAACAGUAGUCGGUGACCUCAAGAAACAGAGAUCUUUGAAAACUCGCCGUAUUUCUCCUUUAAUGUUGUCAACAGAGGUGCAUUUUUUGUCACAGAGAGGAUCAUCAUAUUUAACAGCGAUCUGCAAAUGAGUAUGCACUGUAUGACUGAAUUGACUGCUAUCCAAUUGUGGUGCAAUUGCUGAACAUAAUGUGUCAGUACAUGUGUGUGUGUUCAUAAGAAUAAAAGACUUUGUUUA